CCUACAAGUCUCCCCCAGAACGAACGGCGUCCUUAGCAACCAGGCUUGGAGCUCGUGAAUGGGAAACCCCACAGGUAAAGAGACUUUGGGAAUUUCAAAAGCUCUGGAGACACAGCCACAGGAAUCUGAAAGUACAAGUUCAGGGCAGAUUUUGCGGCCAGUCCAGCGCUGAUGUCCCUUCCAGAGUAACCAUGUAGACCCAGGCCAGCAGAAGCUAAGACAAAGACUCAUCUGGCAAUCAUGCCAUAUCAGGACAUGACACUCAAUAAUUUUAUGUCAUCAAAAUUGUUUGUCUUCUGUGAUCUUCUCUCUCCCUGAUUUGAUCAUGAUUGAUUCCCCUGUCCAUAAAUCUUAAAGGCUGAUUACCUGAGAAGAUGCCUAUUACCAGGGUGCCUGUUAUAAACAGAUUUGGAGUGAUAUCAGCCUCUUACCAUGAAGAGCUUUUGAAACGUAGUUCAGAGAACAUAACUGAAGUAAAUAUUAAAAAGCCAAGAAAACCUCUGUUAAUCACAAAAGAGUUCAUCAACAAAUUCAAUAACACAGAAAAUCCACAGGAUAAGAAGCUCUUACAGGACCAAGCUACAAAAAUGCUAUUUAGAUGCAAGAGAAGAUUAGGACUCAGCAGCCUGGGUGUGGGUAGUCAUGUAGAUCUUCCUGCUGCAUGGACUGAGGCAAUUUAUUUAGCUCAGUGCAAAGGAGAAAUCCAGGAAGAAGCCCUAAAUAUGCUUUGUGCUUCUUUGGAUCAUGCCUCCUUGAAUUGCAGUCACCUGACAACACUGUUUUUCAUUGCUGAAUCAGUUUUGUAUAGAAUCUGCUGUGAUGCAUCCCAGAAAUCAUAUUUAUAUUCAAGUGAAAUAAAAUUGACAAAGAUUGGAUUUUUGACAUUUUUACGGCUUUCUGUUUAUCACCUGUAUGGUAAUCUGGAAGAUUUUGAAGAACACUUAAUUAGACUUCAGCCAUAUUUAUAUGCACUUUGUUUUUGUGAAAUCACCUACUGUAAGUAUCCCAACAUCCUUUCGAGCGUGGCUUUUAUACAGAAGACUGGUGAAGUCAUUUGCAGUCCAAAAAGGUUUCCUGAAGCAUAUGUAGACCCUAAUACAAAGCAGAAUCUGGGUUUUCCUGGCAUGAGACACAAAUCUAAGCCUUAUUCAAAAAAACAGGAAGUGAGUCACCUUCUUUGGCACUGCAUUAUUGUUUGGUCUUGUGUACAGAGCCACAGGUCUCAGUUAAAUGAAGUACUUGAACAUCUCCUCAUGCAUAAAGGACAGCUUCAGGAAAAAUUCUGGCUGGAUUCAAUCCUUGGUUUGUUUAUCCUUGGAGAUGCUGCAAAAUUGAACACCUCCUGCUUAAAAGUUUUCCUGAAUCUUGGGAAAUUUUUUAUUUCAAGCUGUAUGUCUCCUCAGAAGCAGGAAGAAAACAAGGAUAAUGACUCUUCAUGGGAGUGGAUUAUAGCCUACAUGUAUACAACUAUUCUUGGAGACAUUUGUCUGCAUGCAACUACAUCCAAUUUACGGAAAAUUGCUUUCAUGGGCUUCAGUGACUGUGAAAAACUCUCAGAAUAUCUAGAACUAAAAAACACAGAAUCAACAGAACCUGUGGAAUUAAAGACAGCAAGUUUUUUAGACCUUUUAAAGUAUUUCUCUUCACAAAUAUCAGAUAACUAUUGUCAAAUGACCUGGACUGUUUACUAUGGCUUAGUGUACAAUCUAGUGAAAAUGACCAGAGAACUCUAUGAAGAUGAGAGGCAAGAUGGACUAAGAAAUUUAUUGUGGAAAACCUUACAGGGAAUAAAAGAUGAGGAGAAAGAUAAGAGGAUCUUGAGUGCUAUGGAUAUAGCUGAGGCUGAACUAAAUGACACCAUAAAUCCUUUCAUUUGUUCAAAUGUAAAAGCUGAAAGGAACCAAACUUUCUUCCAGUAUAUAGGAUCUAGACUUGCCCAGGCACUUUCCAAACUGUUUUUACCACCUGUUGGCCCACGUAGUCUUCUUCUAAAGAGAUAUGGAAAGGAGCAAAAUCAGAUGAAGUAUCAAACACCAAAACAAUACCAGAUGGAAAAGAAAGUUAUACGCAUCUUUUUCAGGGAAAAAUAUCCAGAAAAAGAAAUAGUCCAUCCCUAUCCAGAUAUCGUUACCUGUGCAGAUCUGGCAUUGAGAACUAUUGUUGAAAAGCAGUGGGAGAAGGACCAGCAGAUUAGACUUCAGGAAGAAGAGAUACUUCUGGCCCAAGAAAAAAAACAAAAAAGAAAAGAGGAGCUAGAGCACUAUCGAGCAAUGAUGAAAAGAAGGGAAGAAAAAAUACACAAGACAACCAAACCCUAUGUACUACCUUGGCAGACUCCAUCUGAAGAAUCUGAAGCAAUGGCUAGUUCAUCAAAUGAUUCAAGACAGGAAGAGGUCUACAGUAUUGGGAACACUUAAAAGUAGUUGUCACUGUUACAACUCAAACUUCUUAAAAAGUAAUAUCUCAGUCUUUAUUAAUUAGUCAGUUCUUUAGCAAUCACACCUGAGUGCAAAUUUUCCAAUCAUAAAUUUUUCAGGAGCUCAGUUAGUAUUUCUCGUGAUUGACUGUGACUUAUCUUCCUUUGGCAUAUUUUGCUCACAUAUAAGCACAAGUGCUUGUUAUUCAUGGCAGUAUACAAUUACAUGUAGAACAAUUGUAAUUUUUAAUAAGCCACUUUUGAAUUAUCUCUUGAAAACAAAAGGAAGAAUAUUAGCAUUGCUCCUAUGAUGUAUAAUAGAGAAUAAAAUGUCUGGUUCUCAUCUCUGGAUUUUGCAUAUCAAAAUAAACACCUUUCUGAACAGCCUGAAUUUUUAAAAAAUGGGUACAUGCAGCUAAGCAAGAAUUGACUUAUUAUUAGAAGCUGAUUUUAGUCUUCACUAUACACAGUACGAGUCAGUUGAUAAGCAAUACCUUUAAUUUGUCAGGAGGGGCUAUAAAAAUAGACUGGGAUGAUCAAAGCACUACCAGGAGCUUAAAACAGCUUUUUAAGUGUUCUUUCAACUCUAUUUAAUGGAUGACUCUCAUAGAAUGAACCAUAGAUUGAGAUUUAAGGGAGAUCUCAAUUUCUUCUCCAUCUGUAAAAUGGAAAUGACAACAACUAUCUCUUAAAAUUUUCCAGGGGCAUCGUCAAUCUCUAAAUAAAUAUACAAUGUGAAUUAGAGGUUUUAUUUUAUGAGGUACAGUUUCAUGGGCAUGUGGUUGGAAAAAAGAAAUGUAUGUCCAUUUUGAAGUAAAAAGAUUUUGA